UGGAGAGGGAUGGGAGUGAUGGCAGACCUUAACGUAACCUCAGCUCGGUUCGUGAAGGAUGUUGGUUUCUUGGAGUUCAGGCUGGCACUAAACUGGCAGGAUUGCUUUGUACGCGGUGCUGAGACCGUGCUUGACUGGUAAUACAGAGAUCUUCCAGAAUGCUGGAGUCCUAUGUAACUCCUAUUUUGAUGAGUUAUGUGAAUCGCUACAUAAAGAACUUGAAGCCUUCAGAUCUGCAGUUGUCACUCUGGGGAGGAGAUGUUGUGCUCAGUAAACUUGAAUUAAAGUUGGAUGUACUUGAACAGGAGCUGAAACUGCCAUUUACUUUUUUAAGUGGGCACAUUCAUGAACUUCGAAUUCAUGUGCCAUGGACGAAAUUGGGAUCAGAACCAGUUGUCAUCACUAUUAAUACAAUGGAAUGCAUCUUGAAGUUAAAGGAUGGGGCUCAGCAGGAAGACCAUGAAAGUUGUGGUUCCAGUUCAACAAACCGCAGUACCACAGAAAGCUUGAAAUCAGCAGUAAAAUCACGACGAGUUCAGCAGUCUGCUUCUCCUGACCCUGAUUUACCUCCAGGUUAUGUUCAGAGUUUGAUAAGGCGUGUCGUAAAUAAUGUCAACAUUGUGAUCAACAAUCUCAUAUUAAAGUAUGUGGAGGAUGAUAUUGUUCUCUCAGUCAAUAUCACUUCUGCAGAAUGCUAUACAGUGGAUGAGUUUUGGGAUCGAGCAUUUAUGGACAUCUCUGCCACUGAUCUCGUACUGAGGAAGAUGAUCAACUUUUCUGACUGCACAGUAUGUCUUGAUAAGAGAAAUGCUAGUGGUAAAAUUGAAUUUUACCAGGAACCUCUGCUGUACAAGUGUUCCUUCAGGACUCGUCUGCAUUUUACUUAUGAUAACCUCAACUCCAAAAUGCCAUCAAUUAUUAAAAUUCACACAUUAGUUGAAAGUUUGAAACUUUCAAUCUCUGAUCAGCAGCUUCCAAUGUUUAUACGUAUAAUGCAGCUUGGGAUAGCUCUGUAUUAUGGAGAAAUAGGCAACUUCAAAGAUGGGGAAAGUGAAGAUUUGAUUUGCCAUACUAAAGAUAUGUUGGGAAAUAUCACAGGCACAGAAGAUGAAGCAAGCUCAGUAAUGCAAUAUCCUACACAGUACAUUAGUCAAGAUCCUUAUUUCCAUCAAGAUGAUGACCAGCAACAAGGAUGGGUUUCUUGGGCUUGGUCUUUUGUUCCUGCUAUUGUGAGUUAUGAUGAUGAAGAGAAUGAUUCUGGUGGAACUGGUGAUGGAACAGCAGAACAGCAGAAGUCUCAGUCCCUCAAGGAUCCUAUUAUUUCAGUUGGGUUUUACUGUACAAAGGCAACAGUGACUUUUAAGCUCACUGAAAUGCAAGCUGAAAGUAGUUAUUACAGCCCUCAGAAAGUAAAAUCCAAAGAAGUUAUAUGCUGGGAGCAAGAAGGAACAACAGUUGAGGUCCUUAUGAAAGGUGAACUUUUUUUUGAUUGCCAAAUAGGUUUUGUUGGUUGCCAAGCUAUGUGCCUUAAAGGAAUUAUGGGAAUUAAAGAUUUUGAAGAGAAUAUGAAUAGGAGUGAUGAAGAGGCAUGCUUCUUUAAUUGUGGAGAAAAUUUGAGCAUGAAAGGAAUGACAUACCUUACCAAUUCACUAUUUGAUUACAGAAGUCCAGAAAAUAAUAGUAUUCGUGCAGAAUUUAUAUUGGAUGCAGCUCAUCAUAAGGAGACAUACACAGAGAUAGCUGGAAUGCAGAGGUUUGGGGCUUUCUACAUGGAUUACUUGUAUACAAUGGAGAGCACUGGUGGCAAAGUUUCUGGAAAUCAGCAAGACCUUUCUUCAGCAAAGAGUGAAGAUUUUGGAAAUGUUCAGGAGAUGUCUACAAAAAGCCUCAUUGUGGGUCCACUCAAUCUUCGACUGGAUAGCAGCGCAGUGCACCGCAUCAUGAAAAUGAUAGUUUGUGCUCUGGAACACGAGUAUGAACCAUACACCAGAACAAAACCAGAUAUUAUGGAUGGAAGUAGAACUAUGCCAAGCUCAGAAGAAGUAGCAUCACUGGAGGAAUACAUUCCCACUAGACUUACAACGUUCACUAUUCUUAAGUGUACAAUUAUAAUCCCUGUGGCAGAAUUCAAUUUACUGGACCACUUGUUGCCCAUAAUCAUGGGUGAGAAGAACUUAAGUGGACUGUUAAAUGCUGCAAGUUUCCAGCCCCUGCGGCCUUUACCUUCCAUCCGAAUUUUGGUGGACAAGGUUAACCUGGAGCACUCGGUGCCGAUGUACGCUGAGCAGCUGGUGCAUGUGGUCAGCAACCUUGGCCAGCCAUCUGACAACCUGCUUCAUUACUGCUACUCACACUGCUAUCUGAAGAUAUUUGGUUUUCAAGCAGCACUGACUUCUUUGGACAGUAAAGGAUUAUACUGCAUCCCUGUUCCAGUUAUCCCCUCAUUCAGUACUGCUGUUUAUGGCAAGCUGAUCAAGUUCCCCAAAUACUGGACUAAGCGAGCUCAUGUCCCGCUAACAGAAUGCAUUUUUGAGCUCCCUAAUUUGACAAUUCAAGCAACUAGAGCUCAAACUCUUCUGCUUCAAACUAUUUAUCAGAGCUGGUGUCAUCCUGUUGGAAAUGUCAGUUCAGUGGUGGUAAAUGAGGCUUUACUGAAUGAGGUUUUCCAAACUUCAGGUGUGAAAUCUAAGAAUCCCCUGCCAACUCUUGAGGGCUCAAUCCAGAAUGUUGAAUUGAAGUACUGCAGCACAUCAUUGGUCAAAUGUGCCUCUGGGACCGUGGGAUCAAUAAAAAUUUGUGCCAAAGCCCCAGGUGAUGGUGGAAAAGAGAAGCUGAUUCCUUUAAUUCAAGGCCCUUCUGACACCAGAGACUUACACAGCAGUAAAUGGCUCAAUGAGAGUAGAAAGCCAGAAUCUCUCUUAGCUCCAGAUUUGGUAGCCUUUACAAUCCAAAUUCCACAGUAUAUGGACUACUGCCAUAAUUCUGGUGCAGUUCUCUUGUCCAGUGUACAAGGAUUAGCAAUUAAUGUUGAUCCAGUCCUGUAUACGUGGCUUAUCUACCAACCUCAGAAACGAGUUAGCAGACACAUUCAGCAGCAGUCUGUAGGAGCUGUUCCGCUUGGUGUGUCAGUAACUCGAAAGAAAGAGGAUGAAGCUUCAGUUGGAAGUGCACCUUUGGCAAGGCAGCAGUCAAAUCAAGCCUCUGAGUACGCCAGCAGUCCUGUCAAAACAAAAACAGUAACAGAAUCUCGUCCUUUGUCACUCCCUGUGAAAACUGUGCUGAACUCAUCUGAAAACUGCAGAAGUCCUGAGGAAAGAAUGAAAGAAUUUAUUGGAAUAGUGUGGAAUGCAGUUAAGUGCCUUACACUUCAGCUUGAAGUGCAGUCUUGUUGUGUAUUCCUUCCAAAUGAUAGCCUGCCUUCUCCAAGUACUAUUGUGUCAGGUGACAUUCCUGGGACUGUGCGAAACUGGUACCAUGGGCAGGCCAGUAUGCCUGGCACACUUGUUGUCUGCUUGCCCCAGAUAAAGAUUAUGAGUGCUGGACACAAACACAUGGAACCAUUGCAAGAAAUCCCAUUUGUUGUGCUGAGACCCAUCCUGGAAGAAGGUGAUGCUUUUCCAUGGACAAUUAGUCUGCACCAUUUCAGUGUAUAUACUCUUCUUGGACAGCAAAUGACUCUUAAUUUGGUAGAAUCAAUGGGCUGUACUUCUACUUUAGCUGUGACUUCACAGAAACUGCUUGCUUCAGGGCCGGAAUCCAGACACUCAUUUGUUGUCUGCCUCCAUGUCGACCUUGAAUCUCUUGAAAUAAAAUGCUCCAACCCCCAGGUGCAGCUUCUGUAUGAACUGGCUGAGAUCACAAGUAAAGUUUGGAAUAAAAUUCAGAGGAAAGGAGUUCUAUAUCAAUCUGUGUCUUCUGUCUAUACUGAAACCAUGACAGGACCUGUUCCUCCUAGUUCUCCGGUUAAAAGUAGCGUUGGUACCAUUCCACCAGAUACCAGCACAUAUAGUCCAUCUGCUGACAUUGGAACCACUACAGAGGGUGAUUCUCUUCAGGGUGGUGAUGAUUCUCCCUUCUCAGACUCCAUUACGUUGGAACAAACAACAAGUAAUAUUGGAGUCUCAAGUGGACGUGUCAGCCUGUGGAUGCAGUGGAUGUUGCCAAAAAUUACUGUAAAAUUGUUUGCUCCUGAUCCUAGAAAUAAUGGCACAGAAGUCUGUAUUGUCAGUGAAUUAGAGGAUCUCAGUGCCUCAGUGGAUAUGCAGGAUGUCUAUACCAAAAUCAAAUGUAAAAUAGAAAGCUUCAAUAUUGACCAUUACAGAAACAGAAUUAGAUCUAAUUCCAGAAAAAUACAUAGAAAUCAUUGCAAAUUUAGCCUUGGGGAAGAUUCUUGGUCUCUGGGGCAAUAUGGAGGUGUGUUCCUUUCCUGUACCGACAAGCUGAACAGACGUACCUUGUUGGUUCGACCUAUCAGCAAGCAGGAUCCUUUCAGUAACUUCUCUGGCUUCUUUCCUUCUACAACUGCUAAACUUUUAGAUGGUUCACACCAGCAACAUGGAUUUCUUUCUCUCACUUAUACCAAAGCUGUGACAAAAAAUGUCCGGCACAAACUGAUAUCAAGGAAUGAACGAAGAACAUUCCAUAAGCUGUCAGAAGGUCACACAGAUGGUUCUCCUCAUUUUCUCCAUGAGAUCCUUCUCUCUGCUCAGGCCUUUGAUGUGGUCCUCUGUUUUCCUUUGCUAAGUGCAAUUGCAAGCAUUUUUCAAGCCAGGUUGCCACGGAGUCAAAAGGAGAAAAGGAAGUCACCAGGUCAACCUAUGAGGACUCAUGCUCUGACUUCCCGCAACCUGCCUCUGAUUUAUAUCAACACGGGCGUAAUAAGAGUCUUCUUCCCCAAAAAUGAGGAAGAUCAUCAUGUUGCAGAAGCUAAUCCAUCAAUUAAAGAAGAUACUUUGGUUCUCAAGAUUGGAUCUGUCUCUAUGGCUCCUCAGGCUGACAACCCUCUUAGUAGAGCUGUGCUCAGAAAAGACAUUUAUCAGAGAGCACUAAAUCUAGGAAUUCUUCGAGACCCUGGAUCAGAGGUUGAAGAUAGACAAUAUCAAAUAGAUCUUCAAUCUAUCAACAUUGGUACUGCUUACUGGAAUCAGUUGAAACCAGAGAAAGAAAAUGGAAAAGGAGGGGUUUUGACAGAAACUGAGAGAAAUUCUCAAAAUCCAGCACUUGAAUGGAACAUGGCCAGUAGCAUAAGGCGGCAUCAGGAAAGGAGAGCUAUUUUAACUCCAAUUUUAACAGAUUUCACCGUUCGAAUAACUGCAGCUCCUGCCAUUAUUUUUACGAAAAUUGAUGCUGCAGAGAAUUUACACCCAGAGGAAAUUUUGGUCUGUGGUCAUUCUUUGGAAGUGAAUAUGACAACAAAUUUGGACUUCUUCCUCAAUGUGGCUCAAGUGCAACUUCUUCAGCAGCUGGUACAAGCUAAUAUGGUUGGACUGGAAGAUUCCAGUAGCACCACUGAGGUUUCCAAGCAAGAGCAGAAGAUGGAUGUGGCUGAUGGAGGAACAGUUGAGACUUCUUCCCGUUAUAGCGGGGCACAGGACAGUGGAAUUGGCAGCGACAGUGUUAAGAUCAGAAUCAUUCAGAUCGAGCAGCACAGUGGCACCAGCCAGCACCGCAUUGCCCGUCCUUCCCGCCAGUCUUCCAUCGUGAAGAAUCUCAACUUCAUUCCCUUUGACAUUUUUGUUACAGCAAGUCGAAUCUCAUUGAUGACAUACUCAUGCGCUGCCUCACCUAAAUCAAAAUCAGUGCAAGAUCAGAAAGAUGGUGAGAAGAUAAGUAAAAGCUCCUUGAACCUUCCAGAAACAGUUUCAGGCAGCAGCCAUGAUACCAAGAAGCCCAGUCAUCCAUGCAUCUCUUCUGUCACGGCAGAUGAUCUUUUGAACAGUAACCCUCCCCUGUCUGCUGGCAGAAAAACAGGUCUUCUGUCCCUGGAAAGUCUGCACGCUUCCACGAGAUCAUCUGCUCGGCAAGCCCUGGGCAUAACUAUUGUACGGCAGCCUGGGCGCAGGGGAGCUGGGGACAUAGAGCUGCAGCCAUUUCUCUACCUGGUUGUGUCACAGCCCUCUGUGCUCCUUAGCUGCCACCACAGAAAGCAAAAAGUAGAAAUAUCAGUGUUCGACGCUGGCCUUAAAGGAGUGGCCUCAGACUACAAAUGUACAGAUCCUGGGAAGACUCUACCGGAAGCUCUGGAUUAUUGCAAGAUUUGGUUGCAGACAGUAGCAGGAGAGGUAGAUGCUAAAAGUGGUAUUCCACCUCCUCUUAUCACUGUGCAAAUUAAAGACUUCCUUAAUGGGCCAGCUGACAUAAAUGUGGACAUAUCAAAACCUUUGAAAGCAAAUCUCAGUUUUGCCAGACUUGACCAAAUAAACCAGUUCUUGAAGAAAAUCAUGACCACAAAUGAAGAUGUGCCCAGGAAGGAGACUGCUUCAUCAGCUGGCAUUAUUCCAGAUGAGGACAUCACUUUGAUAUCCAGACACCCCAUUACAAAGGACUUUCUACCUGCAGCCCACACCAGCACUGUGCAAAAGGCUUCAAUGCAAGAAAACUUGUGGCAAGCCCUUUCCUGCUUCCAGAAAAUUUCCAUUCACACUGUGCAAAUGGUUGUUUUGAUGGAAACCAUCCCACACCCCAGUAAACCUUGUUUGUUAGUCUCUUUCUCGAACCUCACUGGGAGCCUGAAUAUUAAAAGUGGACAUAAAAUUGCAGGAAUCCAUGGAUCAUCUUUAGUCCUUGACAUAAAAGACUUCUUACUUAAAACAAGUCUCAAAGAAAGAGCGAAAUCUCUGCUUGGCCCUUUUUGCUGCUCUGUUAAUGUGGAAGCCAAGUGGUGUAAGCACAGUGGUGAUCCUGGCCCAGAGCAAUCUGUUCCAAAAAUCUACAUUGAUUUGAGAGGAGGACUGCUACAGGUUUUCUGGGGUCAAGAGCAUUUGAACUGUUUAAUUCUUCUCCAGGAGCUUCUGUGGCAGUACCUGACUGAAAAGGGCAGUGUAGAGACAUUGAUACCUGAACGUAUACACCCAACUUGUUUUUCUGAGGAAAGGAAUCAGGCCUCAAAACCUGAGCAUACCUCAGAUGAUCUCAGAACGGGCCUCUUCCAGUAUAUACAAGAUGCAGAAGCACAAAAGCUGCCCAGUGCCUAUGAAGUUGUGUUUUACAAUGAAACCGAGGAUAGUCCAGGAAUGAUGCUGUGGAGAUAUCCAGAACCCAGAGUGCUCACUCUUGUAAAAAUUAACCCUGUUCCUUUUAAUACCACGGAAGACCCAGAUAUUAGCACUGCUGACCUUGGAGAUGUUCUUCAGGUUCCUUGCAGCUUGGAGUACUGGGAUGAGCUUCAGAAAUCAUUUGUUGCAUUCCGGGAGUUCAGUCUAUCAGAAAGUAAAGUCUGUGAGCUGCAGCUGCCCAGCAUCAGCCUUGUGAGCGACCAGAAGGAGCUCAUAGCCUCUGACCUGUGGAGGAUUGUCCUCAACAACAGCCAGAACGUGGCUGAUGACCAAAGCUCAGAAAGUGAAUCUGGCUCCCAAAGCAUGUGUGAUCAGCUUGUGACCCCCACGGCAUUAGCGGCUUGCACCAGAGUUGACUCCUGUUUUACUCCUUGGUUUGUGCCAUCACUAAGUGUGUUGAUCCAAUUUACCUGUUUGGAAGUCCACCUAUGCCAUCAUCUUGAUCAACUCGGCACAGCACCACCAAAGUUUCUUCAGCCAUUUUUAUCUGAUAAGAACAUGCCAUCUGAACUAGAAUACAUGGUAGUUUCCUUUGAUGAGCCUCAUGUAUAUCUUCGUCAGUGGAACGAUGAGUCAGUGUUCCAGGAGAUCCAGUUUUCGACUCAAGCUGACUGUAAACUUCUGGAGUGUCGAAAUGUGACCAUGCAAAAUGUUGUGAAACCUUUCAAAAUCUGGGGGCAGAUUGCUGUUUCCAGCAGCACAGCAGGAAGGCUGUUUGACUGCACGAUAAUGGUUGACCCUAUUUUCAUCAGCUUUGGCCAAUAUGCACUUCAUUCUCUAAAUACAGCAAUUCAAGCUUGGCAACAGAACCGAUGCCCUGAGGCAGAGGAGUUUGUCUUCAGCCAUUUCGUGAUCUGUAAUGACACUCAAGAGACGCUGAGGUUUGGCCAGGUGGAUACUGAUGAGAAUAUUUUGCUGGCUACUCUCCACAGUCACCAGUACAGCUGGCGCUCGCACAAGUCCCCACAGCUGUUACACAUCUGUAUUGAAGGCUGGGGAAACUGGCGGUGGUCUGAGCCAUUCAGUGUGGACAAUACAGGGACCUUUAUUCGCACCAUUCAGUACAAGGGGCGGACAGCAUCACUUAUUAUCAAGGUUCAGCAGCUCAGUGGAGUGCAGAAGCAAAUCCUAAUCUGUGGAAGACAGACAGUCUGUAGUUACCUUUCUGAAAGUAUUGAACUGAAAGUGGUUCAACAUUACAUUAGUCAAGAUGGACAGGCUGUUGUUAAAGAACACAUCAACUGCCUUGCAGCCAAGCAGAAAUUGCCUUCAUAUAUCCUAGAAAACAAUGAGCUCACUGAGUUGAGUGUGAAAUCUACAGGAGAUGAAGACUGGUCCCAAGAUGUAUGUCUAAGUUCUAAACACACAGAACACAGCACUGUCAUUCAGGUACCAUCUUCAAAGAGUUCAAUUACAUAUGUGUGGUGCACAGUUUUGACUUUAGAGCCCAAUUCGCAUGUGCAACAGCGAUUAAUUGUUUUCAGCCCUCUUUUCAUUGUAAGGAGCCAUCUUCCAGACCCUAUUAUCUUACAUGUCGAGAAAAGAAGCCUGGGACUGAAUGAAACACAAGUGAUUCCAGGGAAAGGACAAGAGAAAGCACUGCAAAAUAUAGAACCUGAUCUUACACACCACCUAACUUUUCAAGCCAGAGAAGAAGAUGAUCCAUCAGAGUGUGCAGUCCCUAUCUCAACCACUCUGAUUAAACAGAUAAUGACAAAAUCCCAUCCAGGUGGCAACGUCAGCCAAGUGCUCUCCGAGUUCUAUGGCAUUGCUAGUCCUCCCCAGCCUGCAUGGCCUUAUAAUAGGAAGGAUUCAGACAGCAAUGAACAGCUCUCCCAGUGGGAUAGUCCAAUGCGGGUAAAGCUGUCAAUGUGGAAACCGUGUGUUAGAACUCUGCUGAUUGAACUCCUGCCCUGGGCUCUACUUAUCAAUCAGUCCAAGUGGGACCUCUGGCUGUUUGAAGGAGAGAAGAUUCUUCUUCAAGUACCUAGUGGGAAAGUAAUUAUACCUCCCAACUUUGAGGAAGCUUUUCAGGUUGGAAUAUACUGGGCUAAUACUAAUACUGUGCACAAAUCAGUGGCAAUUAAACUGGUUCAUAAUGUGACCUCCCCAAAAUGGAAGGAUGCCGAUAAUGGGGAAGUAGUAACGUUGGAUGAAGAAGGUUUUGUUGAAGCUGAAAUUAAACUUGGUGCUUUUCCAGGUCAUCAAAAGUUGUGUGAAUUCUGCAUUUCUUCCAUGGUUCGACAAGGUAUACAAAUUCUACAGAUAGAAGAUAAGACAACAAUAAUCAAUGAUACAUCAUAUCAAAUCUAUUAUAGGCCGCAGCUUUUUAUUUCCAAAUCCCACUCAGGAGAAGAGGACUUCCACUGCCCCGACAGUGCGGUGUUCAGCAUCGGCCCGGCCGGGGCAGGCUGCCGUGGGGCGCUGAGCACCGUGCCCUGCUGGGACCUGCAGUGGGAGCCGGAUGCCUCGGCGGCAGGGGCAUCUCUCGGGGCCAGGCGCCUGGUGCUGAGCUUCAGCAGCGCCGGGAGCCGCGAGCUGUGGAGCCUCCCGGCCAUCGUCAGCGCGGAGCUGGCCAGGCAGAGCGUGGCGGUGCCCACGGGCACGCGUGCCGAAAGUGGAUUCUGCACCAGAGCUAUAGCACUGACUUAUCAAGAGCAUCUUGGCGUGACAUACCUAACACUUACAGAAGAUCCUAGUCCUCGUAUAAUUAUCCACAAUAGGUGCUCCAUUCCAUUGCUUGUAAAAGAGAAUUUCAAAGAUACACCCAAGUUUGAAGUUUACUGUAGAAAGAUUCCAGCUGAAUGUUCGGUUCACCAUGAACUUUACCAUCAAAUCUCCAGCUAUCCAGACUGCAAAACAAGAGAUUUAUUGCCCAGUAUUCUCCUGAAAGUGGUGUCAUCUGAUGCAUCUGUAAAUGAAUGGAGUGAUGUUGUGGACAUCAACAACCAAGGAACACAAAUUGUGUUCUUAACUGGCUUUGGCUGUGUUUAUGUGGACAUCACCCAUCACUGUGGAACAGUAGUCAUAACCUUGGCCCCAGAAGGAAGAGCAGGACCUGUUGGUAUCAACCUCAACAGAAGUCAAGAGCAGACCCUCUCACUGAAAAUGUUCGUCAGUCAGUUGAGUCUUGCUGCAUUUGAUGAUAUUACAAACCACAAAGUGUCAUCUGAACUCCUGCGUCUCACAGCAGAUAAUGUUUUCCUCCACAUGGCCCCAGCCACCAGCUCCCUGUCACAGGAGUUCCAGCAGGAUUCUGUGGAAGGCCUCCCACAGUUUCAUAGUCUCCAAGUGUAUUGUGAAGACUUGCAACUGGACAAUCAAUUGUACAGCAAAUCCAAUUUCCAUUUUGCAGUCCUGCUGUGCCAAGAAGAGAAAAAUGAAACCGCGCAGUGGUCAAGAAUGAACAAUCUCAUUGUUUGUAACAAAGAUUUGGAAAGCUAUAAGGAAAACUGCUUUAUAAAACUCUGUAUUGCUUUUUCCGAGGAAGAGAAUUUCAUGUUUCACAUGAAUGACCUCAGCUUUGAGCUCAAACCAGCUAGGCUGUAUGUGGAAGACACCUUUGUCUACUACAUUAAGACUUUGUUUGAUACAUAUCUUCCAGAAAACAAAACUGCUUGUAAAUCCAUGAAUGCUUCAGAUACUACCCUGAUAGUGCCUGAACAAGUGAGAGAGCAUGCAAGAGCUUUAGUCAAGCCAGUGAAGCUAAGAAGAUUAAAAAUACAACCUGUUAAUCUCCUUGUCAGUAUUCAUGCUUCAUUGAAACUGUAUAUAGCCUCAGAUCACACCCCUCUCUCCUUCUCUGUGUUUGAGCGAGGACCCAUCUUCACCACAGCCAGGCAACUUGUCCAUGCCUUGGCCAUGCAUUACGCUGCUGGAGCACUUUUCAGAGCAGGCUGGGUUGUUGGAUCGUUGGAAAUUCUUGGAAGCCCAGCUAGUCUGGUGAGAAGCAUAGGGAAUGGCAUAGCUGAUUUCUUUAGGCUCCCCUAUGAAGGGCUGACCAGAGGCCCAGGAGCAUUUGUCAGUGGAGUUUCCAGAGGAACAACAUCAUUUGUAAAACACAUUUCCAAAGGUACACUGACGUCAAUUACCAAUCUGGCAACAAGUCUUGCUCGGAAUAUGGAUAGGCUGUCACUGGAUGAGGAGCAUUACAACAGACAAGAAGAAUGGAGAAGGCAGCUUCCAGAGAGCCUGGGAGAAGGACUGAGACAGGGGCUCUCUCGUUUAGGCAUUAGCCUUCUAGGUGCAAUUGCUGGGAUUGUGGAUCAGCCGAUGCGGAAUUUUCAGCGAGUAUCUGAGGCCCAAGCUUCUGCUGGGCAUAAAGCCAGAGGGGUCAUCUCGGGUGUGGGGAAGGGAAUCAUGGGUGUCUUCACGAAGCCCAUUGGAGGGGCAGCUGAGCUCGUCUCCCAGACGGGUUACGGUAUUUUGCAUGGAGCUGGACUUUCUCAGCUUCCCAAGCAGCGCUCUCAUCCAAACGAUCAACAUGUUGAGCAGGCUCCGAACAGCCACGUCAAAUACGUCUGGAAAAUGCUGCAAUCUCUGGGAAGGCCAGAGGUUCAUAUGGCCUUAGAUGUCAUGAUUGUAAGUGGAUCAGGCCAGCAGCAUGAAGGCUGCUUGUUGCUUACCUCAGAGGUGCUCUUUGUCGUGAGCAUCAGUGAAGACACACAGCAGCAGGCCUUCCCCGUGACUGAAAUUGAUUGCCUGGAAGAUGAUCAGCAAAAAGAUCUGCUGAAGGUGCAGCUAAAACAACAGAGAGUGCCUUCUGACUUGGAGGCCGAGGGCGCCAGAGAGAGACUGUCAGAGCAGCAGUACAACCGCCUCGUGGAGUACAUCACAAAGACCUCUUGUCACCUUGCUCCCAGCACCGCCACAGUGCCAGCCCCGCAAACCGUGGCUGCUGAACAGCCCCUGACUAUAACAAAAACCUACCAGUAUGUAGUUGAUCCAAAUUUUGCCCAGGUAUUCAUUAGCAAAUUCACCAUGGUGAAAAAUAAAGCCUUGAGGAAAGGCUUUAAUUAAUAGUUAUUUCUGGUGUGUGUAGUAAAUACCAUACCAGUUUGAAAGCAAUGCUUUCUCUGCAGUAACCAACAUCAAGUAGAGAUGCAUGUAAUUUCUGAGGAGGUAGAAAUUGAUAACAAAGCCCAAUAGCUUUUCUAAUCUUGACAACAUUCCUGCUUCCUAGCCAAAAUGUAGUGCUGGAAGGAAAGUGUUCUGGCAAACGAAUAAAGUGAGAAGGAACAGCCUUGGACUACAGCUUAAUCAAAAUCCUUUUUCUUUCAAUAACCAAAAAUUAGAGAAUGGGGAAAAAUUACGUGCAUACGGACGUUUUUACCACACACAGAAAUGUGUAUCAAUACCUCUAUAUCUUACUUUAGGGUCUGCCAGUUUCUGUUAUAAACCAGGUUUAUAACUCAGCUGUAAAAACUUGCUCAAGGCUGAGCCUUUCCCCCCCCACCCACACUCCCCCCACAUGUGCGUCCUGAGGCAAAACAUUUUCCCCCACUAAAUCUGAAAAACCCAGUGUGGCUGUUUUAAGUUACUAGUGACAGCUGGGUUUUAGCACCACUUUAACCUUAAAAUAGCUUCCUUUAUUUGACUGAAGUUCUGCAGGACAUUAGUCCAUAAUGUAAACUAGUGCCUUUGUGUGGUUUGGAGAACAAAACAUGAACUACAACAUGACUUUAUUUUUAAAACUGUCUGUAUACAGAAACUUUAUUUUAUCCACCAUCAAAUUUUCAGAAGUACUUUCAAUGUAUGUAUGACCGUGCAUUGUCUGUUCAUUAACUGGAAACCAGUAACAUGCAGUUCAAAAAUUUAAGAAACAGAGCGGUCUCCUUAAAAUCUCCAAGCUCAAUGUAACCCAGAUGUGCAGGUGCUAAGUACACCUUGUGGGGUCUUGCUUAUUUCUGAUCUGCCACCACCACAUUGUAUGUGCUCCCUUAAGCCCUAAUUCAUUUUAUGCUUAUCAUCUUCAAACUGAUAAAAACAGGAAUAUUUAGAAGUGUGACCUUUGAAAUAUGUACUAAGCAAAGAGAUUUCUUUAAAGUUGAUUGAAAACUAUGGACCCACAGGCACCAAUUACAUUAAUAGUUAAUGAUGCCAUCACAAUACACUUACAAAUACAUGUUAAACACCUGCAUUUCUUGUAGUAGUCUCUGGGCACAGUUAGAUGACUUUAUAAACCAAAUCUGGCUAUGGCAGUUUCAUUUUAAAACAAAAAGCUUACUUGGUUUCCUUGGUUUUCUAUGCGUGUUAACUUUUCUCUCCUUUUCUAUAUGCUUACCAAAAUGAAUUAUGUCUGGAGAUUCCUGAACAUGGCUGGAAUUGGAGUCAAAAACUGGAAUAAAAAGUGAUCACUAUUUGGAGCAUAUGCUUUAUAGUUAAUAACUUCUAUGCAUACUUGAUAUGACCAAAUGCACAGUAAAAAGAAUGUAGUAACUGCAAUGUUUUUCUCUUGAGUUCUGUUUUGUUAAAAGGUAUUUCUAAAAGCUGUGUCCCUCAUCUACUGAGAAUAAAGGAGGCUGGGGUCUGCAUUGUCCUUUUCUGACUGUGAAAUAAGCCCAUCCAUUAUCAACAUUUCAUACAAUGAUUUAAUAACUUAGUCAUUGUUUAAAUAACACUGUUUAAAAAUGUAUAUGUAUAUACACAUAUGUGCUUCAUUCCUGAAUAUUUUAUGGAAGUUGUUUAAUACUUCUAAUUUUGCAUAUUGAUGGAUAAAUUGUAAUAUAAUUAAAUUGUUUAAAGAUAAUAAAGCUAUUCCUGUAAUA